CAUUUAUUUACUUAUUUAGGUAUUUAUUUAUUUAUUGUAGACCCAUCCUGAUAGAUCAAACCCAAAGUUAACAUUGGGACAACUCUGGGUUUAUGGAAAACAUCGAAAUUUCUCAGACACCGAAAAAUUCUGAAUUUAGAUUGAAAAAAGAGUAAAAAAAAUUUGAAUAUUUUGAAAGAGCGUUUUUAAUUAAUAUUGAGGACUGAGGAGUUAUUGCGAUAGAAUAAUGAGUGAUAUUUUUCAUUAUAUGAAUAAUGAAUAAUUAUCGUGGCAAAACGAGAAAUGAUGAUUCCUCGACCUUUCUGAAUGCAUCAGCCCUGUCCAUUUGUCAUUUUUCAAUACCACGAGGUUACUGUACCUCAUUCAUAAUUUAGAACUUGUUCUGUCGAAGAAAAAUGAAGAAAAUUAAAAAAUUUGUGACUCACCAAUUUCAUUCUCCCGAAAUUAUAUCCACAUUCAUUAGUUCAACUAAUUAUCAAGGUUUUCUCGAAGAAAACUAGUUCACAAACACAACAUGACACAACUGGGCACAACGUCAACAACUCUUUUUGAACAUAACCUCGAAUUCCACACGUCGUUCUCUUCCACCGGUGAAUGUCCCGCUUGUUAGACCCAAAUCGAUCACGAGUAGAUUUUCACGGAAAGAAAUCAUGUCUGAGGUGAUUGUUCUGUUCGAGGGGUACUCCAACAAGCUGGAUAAAGAGAGAAUGGAGGCCAAUUGCUCCUGCGUGCUCAUCAAAGGGCCCAAAACCGUUAUUGUUGACACUAUGACAGCCUGGGAUAAAGACAGAAUAAUCGAUGCUCUAGCUCGUCAUGAUGUGGAGCCAGAGGACAUUGAUUUCGUUGUUUGCACACACGGUCAUGCCGAUCACAUUGGCAACAACAAUUUGUUCCUCAAGGCAGAGCAUAUCGUCGGAUCCUGCGUCCACAAGGGCUCAAUCUUCUAUGAAAAGCAUUUGCAGGGGGCCGAACACCAACUUUGUGAGGGAGUAAAAGUCCUCCGGACCCCUGGCCACACCUACGACGACGUCUCAGUCAUCGUAGAGAGCACUGUUGACGCUGAGAAGGUGACGAUAGCCGUCGCUGGGGAUCUCUUCGAGAAGGAAGCUGACCUGGAAAACCCGGAGAUGUGGCAGAACCUCGGGGUCCCAGAGCUGAGGAAAACGCAGGCUGAGAACCGAUUCCUGGUGAUCAUGCUGGCUGAUUACAUUGUACCUGGCCAUGGGAAGAUGUUCAAGGUCACUGAGAAGAUGAGAAGACUCGCCGAGUAUCAGAUUCCAGUUGAUUUGAACGAGUCUACUCAUGCCUGGAGAAACAGUACCAUCGGUUGAGGCUUUUUCCUAAAUUUUUUUAUUAGAAAAUAAUAUAUAACGCUUUGUUACCAUUAAUUUGUUCAGAAUG